CCGAAGGUCAAGUGCGCGCGUCCAGUCAUUGCUCCUCGCGCAUCGCAUAGCUGCGCCGGCACACUCAGCAAGACAUCGCCGAUCUGAAGCGACACGAUUUAAGAUGUACAAGCCACUAACAUACCUGUUCUUCUUGUGCGUGGCGCAAGCACUCGCCAACAGCGAUGACAGGUUCAUCAAAAAGUACGCUAUGAUGAAGAUUUACGAAAGUUGUUUUGGACCUGAAGUCGUGAAACAAAUACGCAAAGAAAUGAAAGAAGCAUACGCGAAGUGUUCAGCGCCACCUAUUGAAGAAGCACCGAACUCGCACAUACCGUCUAUCUUGCUCGGCAAAUUGCCGCUUGGGUUUUCCGUGGACCCCAAUACGCAAACUAUUACUAAGCCGCAAGAUGGCGCUGUUUUGAAUCAAGACAAGGACCAUAACUCUCAAGAUUCUCAACCACAAAAACCACCCUCAGGAGGAAUGCCUUUCCAGUUCAGACCACAAGGGAAUCCGUUCCAGCCGCCGUCACCAAUACCGCCGUACAUGAUGGGCUCCCCGCAAUUCCGUCCAUUCUCGCCCGCAACGCCGUUCUACCAGCUCCCAUACAACUCGCCAGGACUGUUCUACCCGCCCGGCAUGCCUUACAACCCGUAUGCAUACCAGCAGCAAUACCAGCAAGGUUUCUACCAGCAGCCGUACUUUGGAUCUAAUAGAGUUUCGCGUGAUCUCGACCUGCGUGACCGUCUAGACAUGAUGUACCGCGGCCCGGCUGGCAGCAAGGUGCGCAACAUCACCUGCGUGAUGCAGGAGCUGGGCUACAUCGACCAUAACCUGGAGCCCAACUACGAACAGAUCACGCGGCGCAUCACCGAUUUGCCGGUAUCUGCUGAGCUCAAAGGCGACAUCCAGGACGGGCUGCAGUUCUGCAGGAAGUUCUCCCAAUGCGUUCCUGAUGUGAAGCGCGAUGUAUCGCCUCUGUCUCAAGAACUGAUCAAACCAAUGUUCUUCUUCCGAUGCUACAAGCACAAGAAACUUGAGGCAUGCAUCAUGAAAGAUAUCAGAGAAAGAUUUACAACCGAAGAAGAAUUGGAGACAGACACUGAUUUCAGUAUUGACUCCAGGUCGCUGUCGCGGUCGGCCAGGUCGAUCAGGGAGCACUUCGGGGACCCGCGACUGGAGGCGCUUGACGAGAUGGCGGUCUACCUGUACGACUACCUCAGCGAGGGCAACGGCCUCGACUUCGACUGGAUGUAGACUCAAGACUGAACCUGGCACAACUUUCAUCUGUUCAUGAUGAACGCUGUGUAAUCGUCUUAUCUAAAACUAAACGUCCCUGCACACUUUUAUGGUACUAUUAUGAGUGAUCGAAGCGUGGCAGCCACGUUCGUGUCUAGCCGGCGACUGUAUCAACUGAAUGACCAAUGACUAUAGCUAAUUUGAGUGUGUUGUAUAUGUAUGUACACUGAGCAUCUGCAUGCAAGAGUAAGACAAUUAAGGGGUGUUCAGUUUUAGAUAAGACGAUAUCUAACACCAUAUAUUUAGAAUGAACUGAGUGGCACACGUGGGAAAUUAUCAAAUUUCAAGAAAGAGACAUAAAACAGACAACAUGUUCGCCUAUAUAUGAAUUAAGUAGCCGCUCGGUCGUUUCCUCUCUCUUACACUUACCAGCUCAGUUUUACACUACAGUUGAUUAGGGAACGUUCAGACCGUUGUUUAUGUCAACUUAUUUAUACGUUUGAAUAUUUGGCAGAACUGUUUUUGUAAGCCUUCUAUCUCGCGGAUUGUGUUGCGAGUGCUAAAUUACGUCUGACACUGUACGAAAGCCGUAGGUACCGUAUAGGUCGUUCGGGAUCAUCUUUUGUUAAUUUGGUCCAAGGUUUGUCCCUAACUUCACCCCCAUCCGCAAUGUACAAAAUUUAAAUACGAAUCCUAACAUGUUUAUAGUAAUUAUUAUUGUCAAAUAUGGUGCAAUGUUUGUUUAUUUUUUUUUUAUCAAACCGGAAAUCCGGUAAGUGCUUUAGGUAUUUUGAAUUUACAGAAUAGUUUGCUCGUUAUUACUGAAUGUAUUUAUAACAAUUAUUUAAUUAGUAGGAUUUAUUAACAAAACUGGUAUUGUGAAAGCUUUCCUUUUUUAUGUUUUAUGAAUUAAGUCCUAUUAACUAUGACUAUAGUUAUGUACAUUAUAAAACAGUGGAAGUUUUGACAUUACAAACUUGCCAUUAAUGCAUUUAAUUUGUACUUAAUAACUUAUAAUUAAAUAUAGAUUGUAAGUCAAAGCUAAAUUUGAUAAUUCGGGGUAAAAAUAAGUUUGCUGUUUGUCAUCAUUGUUUUAUAGUUUUUUUUUUAAUGCGAUAAGUAACAGAUAAAAAAAAUAUCGACGAUUUUUUUUUCUGGCUCACUAAAUACUGUAAGUAAACUGACAGUUAUUACUUGAUUGAUUGUCUUGUUUUAUAAGACAAAGAAUAUGGCAUGCAUUCAUUGCCAGGUAGAAAAAAAAGUAAUGUUUCUGAAAAAUGUCAUGUCAUAAUAAGUUGUUCUUUUUGACAUUGCUAAUUAGCUAUUGCUUAAUUAUAAUCAAUAGCUAUUUAGCAAUGUCAAAACACUCAAGGCUUUAUAGAAAUGAGACAAUAAUUUAUUUUCCACUAUAAGGUUUGGACUCCACUAGCGAUUGAAUCGUCACUUUUAGCUUCUGCCAUGGACUCUUCUGGUGAGAAAAUUCUUCGACAAGUAUCAAAAUAUCCAAGGUGAUAUAGACUGAUUGCUAAUUUCCAGGAGGAGAUGUUCUUUUUCUUAAAAACAUUACGAAUAAAAGCGUCCAUGUUAAGAUGUAACAUCGCCCUACAAAAUAUCUACCUUUGAUGGUAUUAUGUUUCUGUAGCUGAGUGGGGUUAAAAGCCACACUUGUAUACGUAUUGUGUAGGCAUACACGUAUUGACAGAGUUAUUCGCUCGAUUUUUUCGCCUGUUGUCGGUAACGCUUAAAUUUCCACGGAUUUUUUACGAUUAGUUUAUGUAUGACGCACGGGUUACUUUGACAAAUAAUAUAAUAUCUCAAUAGGCAAUUUUAAUAAGUUGCUAAGUACUUAAUAAGUAAGUUUGUAUCCGUAUGUAAAUUAUAA